AUGGGUAAUAGACUUUCUACCCUCAUGUCUCCAGGCAUUUUCUCCAAGAAAUACAUGAUUCCGUGGAAUGUUAAGGUGACUUCUUUUGAAGCACUGAAUACGAGCCGUUUUCUGAAAAGCUAUCAUGCCGAAAACCCGCAGACCAAGCAAGACUUUAUUCUGAAGGUCUUCGUCAAAUUGGAAGACAUCGAUCUCUCUAUCUUUAAAUUUAUGCUAUCUCACUAUAGGGAGAAGAUCAAUCGCUGCUGCCCCCAUGUUCUUCCCUACAUGGGCGAGUAUGAGUCCAAGACGCACGGCUUUCUGAUUCGCCCCAUGUUGUAUCAAAGUCUUCCCGAAUUCAUUUUACAAAAUCCAUGGCUCACUAGGGGCCACAAAGUUUUGUACUCCAUACAGAUGAUACUUGCAGUGAAAGAAAUGCACGAGGCCGGCCUCGUCCACGGCGACAUCAAACUCUCUAAUUUUCUUGUCACGCAUACCCAUAGCCUCAUGCUUACAGACUUUGCACCCUUUAAGCCCUAUCAGGUGUCGAUGAGCAAUCCCGUUGCUCUUAGUUACUACUUCACAGAUACGAUUGCCCCAGAACGUAUUGUCCAGGCAGACGAGGAGCUAGAUACUCUCCUUCUGCCAACCAUGGAAGCGGAUGUCUUCUCUCUGGGAUCUGCGCUCCUGGAGCUCUGGACCUCCAUCAAACCUUUCGAUCUGCCAACCCUGUUUGAGUAUCGCGACGCAAAAACAGGGAACAUCAUUAAUUAUGUCUUAUCUUUGCUUGAUCACAUCACUCACGAGGAGCUCCGCGGGCUGGUCCACGCUAUGAUCAACCCCAUUCCUUCUCAGCGCAUCGACCUCUCUACCCUUCAGAUCAGAAGCAUCUUUACACCGGAGGAGCUCUUUGCAUCUGACAUUAUCCUUUGUUUCCUAAAGUUCUUUAACCCCCUAAACCUGGACGAUGUUGUGCACGUGGGAGCAACGCUCUUUGAUGGCAUAUGUGACAUGUAUCUCAAUAGCUCCUCAUCGCAAAAGGCAGCUCUUACAAAGUGUUACUUUUGUGAUAUUCAUCAUAGGUUUCAGUUUGAGCAACAGCAGCAACAGCCCGACGAUCAGCAUGCAAGCAAAAAGGCGUCCACAAUGGCUAGGGCCUCCUCGACGAUAAACUUAGGGGCUCAGAGCAGCGCAAAUAUUACCAGAUUCGACCUUCCACAGGAUAAAAAGCAUCAGGCCAAGAAACCUAUAGAGAUGCCGUACCUGUGCACGACAAACAUGGAGAUACCAUUCAAGAUCAUUGAGCAGUUAGAUGGAACCGUCUUAAGGUCUCUUGCUACCUGCGACUGCGUUCAUCGAAUACUGAAGGAAGGAAGAACUAGCGAAGUUAGUUGGAACUGUAACGUCUUUGGUCCAUUUCGGCGAAUUCUGGCCUCGGAUACGCUGCAAGCGGCGAUGUACCACAUAGCCUACUCCAUCAUGAGGCUGAUUCAACUAGAUGCAUUUUCCAUCAGUGAUACAUAUAAGAAGGGUAUCCUCACUGUCUGCAGCUAUGCUCUUUUCAUGGAUGACUCGUACGUGUCCCACCUUAUCCGCAUGGCAUAUAGAGUCUUUCGUCUGCGACCCACGGCGGUAACGCUUGGCGGCGUAGCGUACCUCCUCAAUCUUCUUACGACUGCAUACCAGGACAUACACUAUAUUCCUCUGUUGGUCAUGGGCGAAGUCUUUCUUCCCAAGAACCAGCACGACAGAUUUCUAGAGGGGGUAGAGAUUGCUAGGCACCAGCUACUAGAUGUGGAGUCUUUGGAUGAGAAAGCGUUUGAAAGCUUAGCUAAUAUUUUCCUCUACACAGCCGGCUCAUCUAGCACAACCUACCCAUAUUUAAUCAACCACUCCUAUGUGAUCCAGCUGUUCCCACUUCUUCUUGCCAGCGUUGCCCGACUCAGCGGCGGAGAUCCUGCUCUGAAGGUCAUUAUAAACGCCAUUCUGUUGCGAAAUAAGACCUCCCUUUUGUAUAACAUCUUGCGUUCUACUUCAAUCACACCGAUCAUCCUUAGCUCAAUAAGGCUUCUUUCCGACAACAUUGUACUAAUAUCUUCGCUUUUGCCUGGAAUUCUUCCUCUUUACUUGGACUUUUUGGGAAGAACAGACUUAAGAAAAAUCACCCACUUCUGCCUCGGUGACGCGAUUGCGUCCAUCUUUGGAGGCUGUCUGGAUCAGCUUGAACCAUCGUGCAAGCAUAUAACAUCUCUAAAGACUACAUUUCAAGGGGCACGCGGGGCACACUCGGGCAAGGACAUAUUCUUCUAUGUACGCAUUUUCCUUAACAACUACCACCCUCUUCGCGAUGAUAAGGCGGCCGGCACCAUCUUUGCAGCCAUACUGAAGUCGAUCUCUAUCCUCCCAUUGGACCUGCAAUCCACGUGCAUCUACUUAUUCUGCAAAUCCGUCUACAUCCCUUCGGUUCAGUUGUCAGAUGAUUUGGGACGUUCCCUGUGGAGCCCUAAUAAUCAGAACAUCUGGCUUUUGCUGAAUGCAAUAAAGACAGUCAUAGAGAAGAAGGAUUCUCAGGACGCACUUCUAUUCUCGUUCUUCUUGAAUGAUAACCUUAAUCAAUACGUUAAUAUUCGCCUUGCAGGGGCGCUCAUGAAGAUACUGACUCUUACUGUACGAUCGUUUGACCUUUCCACGCAGGAUUCAUCUCAAUAUGCAGGUGUUCUCAUCAAGCGUCACGUAAAGCAGAGCGUAAACGAUCGUAGGCAUCAGGUCAUGCAUAUUAUCUUGCCAAAGCUAUCCCCCGUCGCUCCCCAGAUAGUAGAGAAUCUCCACUUGUUUUAUCCAGACCUGCACAAGUACUCUAGCUUCAGUGAUGACGUUUCUACCCACCAUGAUCCUGACUACGACAUCCAGCAUGAGGUCCUACGCAAGAUUCAGGAAAAUUACGCGCUCAUAGAACGGUUGACCUUUUUGACCAUCGACGAUCUUACCAAUCCCCAGCGCUACCUUUUCAUGCUUCAAGAGAUAGUUCAUGCCGCUAGCACCAUAAUUGAGAACCUGACCACUUUUGUACAACAAAUAGCAAUAAGCACAAGCAUCAAUACGGACAACUUGCAAGAAAAACAUGAAGAAAAUCUUCCGCUCUAUCUGCUGGUCAAAGACAUGCCUACAGCGCCCGAUGCCAAUCCCAGUUUCAGCGGCAUGCAUGCACGCACGCAAGACGAUAUUCUGCAUUCAAGCAAGGAGCUGAGCAGGGCUAACUUUUCGGCAUCGCAGCGAAUGGAUUUCCGCUCGCUGACUUCGCUAAACGACGUUAGUAUCUGGACAGACGCCUCUGUCAGUAGAGUCGCGGAAGAGCUUGUGUAUGCAGGACAUGGCAGCAGUGGUUCCCGCCAUCUGAUUGUUUCUAAUGAGUACCAAGUUCUGCUAAAAGACGGUGAGCGAGCCCGACAUGUUGUGGAGCUGUUUUAUGGUCCCGUGGGAGAUGCAAAGGACCGCAUGAAGGAAAUACUUUUCGGAAAGGACCAGGAAGCGAGCAUAGAAGACACGUCUGUGCAAUACUCUACGUAUAGCCUUAUUCCGGAAAUUAGUACGCUUCCAGAUGAAAGUGUUUUGCAUUCGACGCUCUUUAGCUCGCUUCUUUCGGCCUGCAAGCCAUUCCUGAUUACUGACGCAAGCGCCUCCAUACGAAAUAUGCUCCGUCCAGGGAUCCUUUCUGGAUACCUUUGCAAGUCCCUAAACAUGCAGUCUGUCGUUCUCGCCAGGAGGUGGCUGCCGUUUCUUCGCGAGUCAUCUUUGCCACCGUCAGCACUUCCCAAACUACUUAAUACUCUUCUGAAUAACCUGCUGAUCAUUAGUCCGGGGACCCACUCCCUUCCUACUAGCAACAGCCUUAUCCAGCAUGUCUGCAAGCAGUUUAAGGUUGAGGAUAUGCUUUCUGACAAACCAACAGAAAUUGGUAGGGAGUUUAUUACCAUUCCAGGCCUCCAGCAUGAUCUGAAGAAUACAUCUGUCAUAAUCACAUAUCAAAAUCCUCUGGCAUAUUCCAGGCACGAGCUUGUAAAAUAUAUCGUAGCAGAAACCCAGGUAGCUUUGGAUUUCAUCUCUAUGAGGGCGAAUCCCAGAGGCGACCUGAUCAUGAACAGCAAGACCAUUCAAGGCAUGCAGUCAAACAAUCCGCUGUACACGCAUUACUCAAACCUGAUAAGGGCUGCUUCGGACCUAAUCAUCAACGCGUCCAUAACCCAUCAUGUGAACAAAACUCCGUACAGAGCCUUACUACCCGCGAAUUCGGUUAGUCUGAACGAUAUCCAGGGACCUCUAGAGCGCAUUGGAACGAUACAAAGCAAGCUUGCAUAUGACUUUGUCGCAAAUGACCACGUCUCCAUGACAUCAAAGAACAUGACCCUCCCCGGGUGCGUUCAAACAAGGGUUUCAUAUAACUACGCAAGCCUCAAAUCCUUUACCUACUCGGCGAUUGGAAAUAUGUUUAUCAUCUUAGAUGCUAAAAACUACAUUCACUUCUAUCUCAAUCCAGUGGACGAGGCGAUCAAAUUCUUGGCGCAAAGGAUUCUUCUCCUCUCAAGGACAGUAAAGAUAUCUAUGGAGAGCUCGCCAGAAGCCCAUGCUGACCACUACUCAGUAUUGGCAGGGCUUCCUCAAGGACUUCCUCAACUGCAGAAUGAACCUAAGCACCAGAAGAUCACGGCCCCCGUUCUAACGUCUAGCCCUGCUCUGGAGUCAUUAGAAAGCAUUAUGGAGUAUCUAAGUACUGGGGUACUAACUCUUCCUCUAGCAACAUUCCACAUACCUGGUGUUUCCAUCUUACAUAUCUUUGUGGAUCCUUGUGGCAUACCCAUACUUGGGGGCGGAAAAGCGACAGAGAAGAAAAGUGUGCGCCACGAAUUCCUAGCACUCAAUAUUGUUACCGAUAGUUGCGUGGUUAAGCUCUUAGUUGAUCCUGACAUGCUUAUCCAGCAAUAUACAGAGGCCAUUUUGGUGACCGACAGCAACUGCAAUGCUAAUAGGGCUGGGGGUGUCACCUUUAGCAUGAAUGACGCUGUCUUUUCAUUGUCCAUUAGCGGCUCCGGUAAAAGUGUGGAGUUAGUGGACUUUGGGAUGCUACACAAAACACAGCUUAACGGUGCGCUUACUGAGAACACAAUCCAGUACCUAUUGCCAUACCUGACUGCAGAUCAGAUCUGCACGUUUCUUAAGGCAUACCACAAUGACUCUGUCACUGAGAAGUCUUCGGCACCUAAAGUCACACACCUGUACAUGCACUCAACCCUCUCUGCUUCCCUAGACCACGCUAAUGGUGUGGAGCUUCUACUGACUAGGCUCAGAUACAAGAACCAGUUUCCUUUGAACCUCAAAUCUGCUGAAAGCCAGGUUUAUUCCGUGAUGCCGCACAGGAUCCUAACGUAUUACAAUUGCUACCUCUUGUCAGAAAUCGUCGCUAUCCUCUCUACUACAGUGGUAACCUGCACUGCUCUUUAUGAUGGUACUUCUGGGAAUCGCAUGUACACAUUGCCUAAGGAGUUCGGGGAGAUCCAAUAUGCGUGCGAGUCAGCCUCUGGCAGCAUUGCCGUUCUAACAUCUAUGGGCUGGCUCAUUCUCCUUGAGUUCAGGGCGGGCAACCUUCUCGAUCUCUGGGUAUUGGCUGAGAAGCAACGCUACAAUGUUCAUAGGUAUUCGGCGAUUUUAGGCUUCAAUGGCCUACUGAGCCCCACGCAUUCAUUUACACACGAAGCUGAAGAGAGCGCAGAAGCCAUUACCGAGUCCACCGCAAAACCUUCUGUGCGCAGAUACUAUGCUAUUACUAGUACGUUAUUUAUUGUAGCAUACGGCUCCCAUGUGGUUAUCUACGAAUUUGACAGCAAACUGGAGAAUCCUGUCCUUCAAUUCGUCGGUGGGCUUGAUGUCCGCAUGAGUGGCCACACUAAGAAUCGCACAAAGCAACAGGAAAAGCCAGCAUUUUCAGCCAUUACUAGUCACGAGAACUCUUGCAUCCUUGGAUUGUCGAACGGGGCAGUUCUUAUGGUCAAUGAGUGUGAAAAGGAAAUCAUAUCAUGUAAAAUGCUCUCCUCUCCAAACAAGUAUCGUAUAACUUCUAACAUUGAUUUGGCAUCGACUGAUACUGUUACUAAUAACCACAAAAAGUUCGGUGUGUUUUUCAGCAACCAGCCCUCAGGACUAGUAGCCCACCAGGGGCCUGUUGUUGCUAUCAAGAGCUCUGGACACAGUGUGUUUAGUGCGGACACCAGUGGGCUAAUACUCUUCUAUCACUAA